UUCACGCCGGCCGAGCAGCUGGCCGAGGCCAAGGAGAAGCUGGUCAAGGAGACCCUGCCAGGCCAGCUGGCCAACUUCGAGAAGCUGCUCGAGAAGAAUGGCAACAGCGGCUACCUCGUGGGCUCCAAGCUGAGCUACGCUGACCUGAGCCUGUGGGCGGUCGUGCGCCUGCUCGUCAGCAGGAUCGAGGGCACCAGCGAGGAGUCGCUGCUGGGCUCCUUCCCGGCAGUGAAGAAGCUCUUCACCACCGUGUCGGAGAGGGAGCGCCUCAAGGCCUACGUCGCUCGCGAUGUCUACGCCAAGCAGCAGUGA